CAGGUGUCUUACACCGUGUGAGGAGGAGGCAGGGCUGGCCGAGGGUGCGGCUCCCACCGCAGGGCUGUGUUCUGGCUCUGGAGCGGCCACCCAGCCUCAGCUUUGAGCAGACAGGCCCCAGCUGGCCCAGGGCAUGCAGGAGACCUUUUCAGCUUUUCCCCUUGGUCCAGGCCUUGGCCCUGAGUAGCUGAGCUAUGGGAUUGAAAAGUCUGUUUCUCAUCUCUCCAAGCUGUGGGCACUGUUACUGUGGCCCCUGCCCAGGGCUCCAGACUUUUCCAGCUCAAGCCCAAAUCUCCUGAAGUGAUGCCCAUUGAAGAAUUCCAAGACUGCGAGUGUUACGGCCACUCCAACCGCUGCAGCUACAUUGAUUUCCUGAACGUGGUGACCUGCGUGAGCUGCAAGCACAACACGCGUGGCCAGCACUGCCAGCACUGCCGUCUGGGCUACUACCGCAACGGCUCGGCGGAGCUGGACGACGAGAACGUGUGCAUCGAGUGCAACUGCAACCAGAUCGGCUCCGUGCACGACCGGUGCAACGAGACCGGCUUCUGCGAGUGCCGCGAGGGAGCGGCGGGGCCCAAGUGCGACGACUGCCUGCCGACGCACUACUGGCGGCAGGGCUGCUACCGUGAGUGA